AUGACGUCCAUCACCAGGACAUGGACCUGCUUUUUUGUAUGCUGCUUCCUGUCCACUUUGGCACUUCCGGUGACAUCACAAACAGUGGUGCAAGCCCCACAGGCUCACAGUUCUGGCUCCCAAGUGAUCACAGCAUCCCUUCAGGAGGAGGAGUAUGCAUCAUUUCAUGCUGAGAACCCUGAAUGGACAUUUAACCAUCUGGCGGUGGACAAUCGCAAUGGCAAUGUUUAUUUAGGAGCCGUCAAUCGUAUCUACAAACUAUCCCCGGGUUUGGAGGUCCAGGUGUCCCAUGAGACUGGUCCAGAUGAAGACAACCGCAAGUGCUACCCACCACGGAUCGUCCAGCCCUGCAGUGAGCCACUGACACUCACCAACAAUGUCAACAAGAUGCUUCUGAUGGACUAUCGGGAGAAUCGGCUACUGGCAUGUGGCAGCCUCUACCAGGGUAUCUGUAAACUGCUUCGCCUAGAUGACCUCUUCAAACUUGGAGAGCCCUUUCACAAGAAAGAGCACUACCUCUCAGGUGUCAAUGAGAGUGGCUCUGUGUUUGGUGUCAUUGUUUCACAUGAAAAACUCUCUCAGGACAUGCUGUUUGUAGCCACAGCUGUGGAUGGCAAGCCAGAGUACUUCCCUACCAUCUCCAGUCGCAAAUUGGCCAGAAACUCAGAGGAGGAUGGCAUGUUUGCCUAUGUCUUCCAUGAUGAGUUUGUGGCCUCACUGCUUAAGAUCCCCUCAGACACCUACACUGUCAUCCCAGACUUUGACAUAUAUUACAUUUAUGGCUUUGCCAGUGGAAACUUUGUCUACUUCCUGACUUUGCAGCCUGAAAUGGGGGGUGGGCCAACCACCAGAUCCUCCUCUACAGGUCGAGAACAGGUCUACACCUCCAAGAUAGUCCGCCUCUGUAAGUCAGACAGAGCCUUCAACUCCUAUGUAGAGGUGCCCAUUGGAUGCAUUAGUGGCAAUGUUGAAUACCGUUUACUCGAAGCUGCCUACCUUUCCAAAGCUGGUGCUAUCCUUGCACGUUCACUAGAUGUGGCGCCGGAUGACGACGUCCUGUUCGCUGUAUUCUCGAAAGGCCAGAAGAGACGUCCACGCCAGGCAUCCCAGGACUCUGCACUAUGCGUCUUUUCUCUGCGGAAGAUCAACGACAAAAUCAAGGAGAGGCUGCAGUCCUGCUACAAGGGAGAGGGCACACUGGACCUGGCUUGGCUCACAGUCAAAGAUGUUCGCUGCAGCAGUGCGCUCUUGACCAUUGACGACGACUUUUGUGGCCUCGACAUGAAUGCGCCAUUGGGUGUGUCUGAGAUGGUGCGUGGCAAGCCUCUUUUCUCCGACGCCGUUGACAAAAUGACCUCCGUCAUUGCCUACGUCUACAAAAACCACUCACUGGUCUUCGUGGGCACAAAGAGUGGACGAGUGAAGAAGAUCCGGGUAGAUGGCUCCUCACGUGCUUUGCAGUAUGAGACGGUGCAGGCAGUGGAAAAUGGACCCAUCCUCAGAGACAUGGCCUUCUCAUCUGAUCACCACUACCUCUAUGUCAUGUCUGAGACCCAGCUAUCACGGGUGCCAGUGGAGGCCUGUGGUCAGUACUCAACCUGCAGUGAAUGUCUUGGAUCAGGAGAUCCCCACUGUGGCUGGUGUGUCCUGCACAACAUGUGCACCAGAAAGGAGAAAUGUGAGCGUUCAUCAGAGCCUCGGCGCUUUGCAUCGGACAUCAAGCAGUGUGUGCGUCUCAGUGUCCAUCCAAAUAAUAUUUCAGUGUCCCAGUUUAGUGUCACGUUGGUAUUAGAGGCCCAUAAUGUCCCAGAACUUUCUGCUGGUGUCAACUGCACCUUUGAAGACCUUGCUGAGAUGAAUGGCUUGGUGGAGGGAAACCGGAUUAAGUGCUCCUCCCCUGCUGAGAAAGAGAUGCCACGUAUUAUUGUUGACAAAGGUGACCACCAGAUUGUGCAGCUCUAUCUCAAGUCCAAAGAAACAGGCUUGGCAUUCGCGAAUACCAGUUUUGUUUUCUACAACUGUAGCGUGCACAAGUCGUGUCUGUCAUGUGUUAGUAGUCCCUACCAGUGCCACUGGUGUAAAUACAGACAUGACUGUACCCACGACCCUCGUACAUGUUCCUUCCAGGAGGGACGUGUCAAGACGCCUGAGGAGUGUCCCCAGUUGCUGCCUGCAGAGAGGAUCCUGGUGCCAGUCAAUGUGGUAAAACCCAUUACCCUGCGGGCUAAGAACCUCCCUCAGCCUCAGUCUGGACAGAGGGGGUAUGAGUGUCUUCUGACCAUCCAGGGAAAUGAGCACAGAGUUCCUGCCCUGCGCUUCAACAGCUCCUCAGUGCAGUGUCAAAACACAUCGUAUUUCUAUGAUGGGAUGGAGAUGAGCAGUCUUCCUGUGGAGCUGACCGUCAUCUGGAACGGAGAUUUCAGCAUCGACAACCCCGCCCACAACAAAGUCCAUCUGUACAAGUGUGACGCCCAACGUGGAAGCUGCGGUUUGUGUCUAAAGGCAGACCCGCUGUUUGGGUGCGUUUGGUGUAAAGGAGAGAAUCGCUGCACCCUCAAACAACACUGUCCCCACCCUGAGAACCAGUGGCUGGAACACAACGGCAUCAACAGCAAGUGCACCCACCCACGGAUCACACAGAUUACUCCUCUGCGGGGUCCCAGAGAGGGUGGCACACUUGUGACCAUUCGUGGUGAGAACCUGGGACUGGAGUUCAGAGAGAUUCAGGGUAAUGUGAAGGUGGCUGAAGUGGAAUGCACACCCAUACGUGAGGGCUACAUCCCUGCUGAACAGAUUGUGUGUGAGAUGGGUAAAGCAGAGAAGAGUCAGUAUACUGGGAACGUGCAGGUCUGUGUUGGGGUUGGAGAAUGCAGACCAGAAUUCAUGGCAAAAUCCUCCAAGUACUACUACUUUGUGAUCCCAAGGAUUCACAACCUCAAGCCCAGCCGAGGGCCAGUCUCCGGGGGAACCAUUGUCAACAUCACCGGCAGCCACCUUGAUGCUGGGAGCAAUGUGUCAAUUAUGUUUAAGGACCAGCCAUGCACUUAUCUGAGGAGGGGUGGCCUAUGGCUCACAUGCCGAACUCAUGCUUCCCUAAAUGGAUAUGGAAACGUGUCUGUGUCUGUGAGCAUAGACAAGGCUCACCUUCAGAAGGACCUGCGGUUUGAGUAUGUGGAAGAUCCCACCAUAACCAAAAUAGAGCCAGAGUGGAGCAUCUAUAGUGGACACACUCCAGUGACAGUGACAGGAACUAACCUGGACAUAAUUCAAACCCCACUCAUCAGAGCCAAAUACAACGGCCACGAGACACUCAAUUUGUGCCAGGUGCUUGGCCCUACAUCCAUGCUGUGCCAGGCCCCAGAGCUGCCCAUCAGCCUGGCCAGGCAGCAAGAGGUGCCUGAAAGACCUGAUGAGUUUGGCUUUAAACUGGACGAUGUGCAGGCUCUGAUGGCACUCAACAACACCAACUUUAUCUACUACCCCAAUCCAGAGUUUGAACAGCUCAGCGUGUCUGGGGUGCUAGAGCUUAAACCUGGAUCACCCAUCAUACUGAAGGGGCGGAACUUCCUUCCACCAACCAGUAGUGGAAAUGGAAAGCUGAACUACACAGUUCUGAUAGGCGAGAAGACCUGCAUGUUAACAGUGUCAGAGACCCAGUUGCUCUGUGAGUCACCCAACCUGACGGGUCGGCACAAGGUCCUGGCUCGUGUGGGUGGAAUCGAGUUUUCUCCAGGUGUGGUCCACAUCACGUCUGACAGCCCGCUUAGCAGCACAGCAAUCAUUGGCAUUGCUGCAGCAGGUGCCCUGCUCAUCCUCUUCAUUGUGGUGGUGCUCAUUGCCUACAAGCGCAAGUCUCGUGAGAGUGACCUGACCCUGAAGAGGCUGCAGAUGCAGAUGGACAACCUUGAGUCACGUGUUGCACUGGAGUGCAAAGAGGCUUUUGCAGAGCUCCAGACAGACAUCCAUGAGUUGACCAGUGAUUUGGAUGGAGCAGGGAUCCCCUUCUUGGACUACAGGACCUACACCAUGAGGGUCCUUUUCCCCGGCAUUGAGGAACAUCCUGUACUCAAAGACCUGGAGGUGCCAGGCUACCGCCAAGAGCAAGUAGAGAAGGGGCUGAAGCUCUUCGGUCAGCUCAUUAACAACAAGGUCUUCCUGCUGUGUUUUAUUCGCACUCUGGAGGCUCAGCGUGGUUUCUCCAUGAGGGACCGUGGAAACGUGGCCUCCCUUAUCAUGACAGUGCUGCAGAGCAAAUUGGAGUAUGCUACUGAUGUCCUGAAGCACCUGCUGUCUGACCUCAUAGACCGCAACCUUGAGAGCAAGAAUCACCCAAAACUGCUGCUCCGCAGGACUGAGUCUGUUGCAGAGAAAAUGCUGACCAACUGGUUUACGUUUCUCCUCUACAAGUUUCUUAAGGAGUGUGCAGGGGAACCUCUCUUCUCCCUUUUCUGUGCCAUCAAGCAGCAGAUGGAGAAAGGCCCCAUUGACUCCAUCACAGGAGAGGCACGCUACUCGCUCAGUGAAGACAAGCUCAUCAGACAACAGAUUGACUACAAGACGCUGGUGGUGAACUGCAUCCACCCAGAAAAUGAGAAGAGCCCAGAGAUUCAGGUGAAGGUCCUGAACUGUGACACCAUCAGUCAAGUGAAGGAGAAGAUCCUGGAUGCUAUCUACAAGAAUGUCCCACACUCACACCGCUUAAAAGCCUCUGACAUGGACCUGGAAUGGCGGCAGGGGCGAGGACAGCGCAUGAUCCUGCAGGAUGAGGACGUCACAACUAAGAUCGAAGCUGACUGGAAAAGACUCAACAUGCUGGCCCAUUAUCAGGUGCCUGAUAAUGCAGUAAUGGCCUUGGUUCCCAAGCAAGUUACAGCCUACAAUUCAGUAAACAACUCCACAGUGUCUCGAACUUCUGCAAGUAAAUAUGAGAACAUGAUUAAAUACACCGGAAGCCCCGACAGCCUGCGAUCCCGUACUCCUAUGAUCACUCCUGACUUGGAGAGCGGCGUCAAGGUUUGGCACCUGGUUAAGAACCAUGAGCACGGAGACCAGAAGGAGGGCGACCGCGGCAGCAAGAUGGUCUCAGAGAUCUACCUGACACGACUUCUGGCUACCAAAGGUACGUUACAGAAGUUUGUGGAUGACCUGUUUGAGACCAUCUUCAGCACGGCCCAUCGAGGCAGCGCCCUGCCACUGGCCAUCAAAUAUAUGUUCGACUUCCUGGAUGAGCAGGCCGACAAACACAACAUCCAUGACCCACAUGUUCGACACACAUGGAAGAGCAACUGCCUACCUCUGCGUUUUUGGGUGAAUGUGAUCAAGAAUCCCCAGUUUGUGUUUGACAUCCAUAAGAGCAGCAUCACAGAUGCCUGUCUGUCUGUGGUGGCCCAGACCUUCAUGGACUCCUGCUCAACCUCAGAACACCGCCUUGGGAAGGACUCACCCUCUAACAAGCUGCUUUAUGCCAAGGACAUCCCCAGCUAUAAGAGCUGGGUGGAGAGGUACUACUCAGACAUUAAUAAAAUGCCAGCGAUCAGUGACCAGGACAUGAACGCCUACUUGGCAGAACAGUCACGGAUGCACAUGAAUGAGUUCAAUACCAUGAGCUCUCUCAGUGAGAUUUACUCCUAUGUGGGCAAAUACACUGAGGAGAUUGUGUGUGCACUGGAGCAGGACGAUGCAGCCAGGAAACAGAGGCUGGCCUUCAAGCUGGAGCAGGUGGUGGCCUUCAUGAGUCUGGAGAGCUGAGGACCGCACUUCCCAGGGCGCACUGGGAAGAGACCCCGUCAGAAACCGAGCCGUGCCUGAGCGAAGACCUGUCCCCAUCUUUUUCAUCAUGUGACUUCCUCCCUCCGCCUUUCAAAGAUGAUAACUUCUUCCUUGACCUUUUUUCUGCUUCCUCUUCCCCCAAGAAAUAUUUUUGUUUUCCUCAUCCACUCUGCUGCAUAGACUAGUUUACCUGAAUAUCUGAGGGGUGGUUCAGAGCUGAGGUUGACGUCUCCCACAGUGCAAUGCAGGGGAUCCCUCAGCUUCACCACAGGGAGAGCUUCAAGGGGUGAUUGCUGGAAAGCUGGCCAUAUUGGCAUACUUCAGUCCCCCUGAUGGAAGAAAAGAUGGGAAAAAAACAUUUUUAUGUUGCCUUCAAGAAUUUACACUAAAAACCAUUAUGUUGGGAGUCCAUUUUGUUGAGAACUUUUUUCAAAAUAGGAUAGAUAAAAUAAAACCAUCUCUAGAGUCCAGUUUAUUGUAGUUCUAUAUUCAAUAUACGGAAUCAAGAGGAAAUAUCAAAAAUGAUGACUGCAAGCCAAAUGAACACCUCUGAAGAAAAUUAAUGCAAGGUUGGUUUGCCAAGUUUACACUGUACCUAUGAGCAAAGCAUACAUAUCUGCGAAAUUUGGGGUGAGUCCAGGCAAACCUAGAAUGUUCUUUCAAUGUAGCUGGAGUUGUAUUUAAGAUAAAGACUGAUGGGGGGGUAGGAAAGGAUUAGUGCUUCUCUGAACUUUUCCUUUAUUGAAACUUGACU